AGAAAUGGAACAGAAAAAUGCAGCUCACAGCUAACUUCUCCUCUGCCAGCAGGAAGUAGUUGAUGAUGUCAUUUCUUGGUAAUAGAAAGCGAAAGUGUUUUCACCUCUGACUCAGAGAGCUCUCAAAGAAGAGAGAGAUAUUCACACGAGGCAAACAUGAAGCCUGUCCCUCAGGUGUUCCUCUGUCUCGUGACUCUGUGUGGAUUAACAUUCCCUCACAUAAACGGAGAAGUUGUCAUCACGGUGAAAGAAGGCAGUGAUGUUGUUAUACCCUGUUCCCUCAGCUCCAAGGAGAACAUUGAGUCAAAGCUGUUUGACUGGAAGAAAGACGGUGACAAGGAGGUGUUCAUGUAUGAAGGAGGCCUUACUUAUGGUAACGGACGUACAGGUCAAGAUAAACAGUUUGUAGAUCGAGUCUCACAUUUUCAAGAUGAACUGAAGAACGGCAACGCCUCCAUAAAGAUCUCAAAGACCAAGGUGUCUGACAGUGGAAACUACACCUGUAUUUUUCCUCAUCUUCAGCCCAGUCAGACGUUCAGCAUUCAGCUUGUUGUUGGAGCAGUUGUCAUCACGGUGAAAGAAGGCAGUGAUGUUGUUUUACCCUGUUCCCUCAGCUCCAAGGAGAACAUUGAGUCAAAGCUGGUUGACUGGAAGAAAGACGGUGCCAUGGAGGUGUUCAUAUAUGAUGGAGGCCUUACUUAUGGUAACGGAUUUACAGGUCAAGAUGAUCAGUUUGAAGGUCGAGCCACCCAUUUUGAUCAUGAACUGAAGAACGGCAACGCCUCCAUAAAGAUCACAAAGACCAAGGUGUCUGACAGUGGAGUCUACACCUGUACUUUUCCUCGUCUUCAGCCAAGACAGACGUUCCACAUUCAGCUUGUUGUUGGUGUAUCCACGAAACCAUCUGUCAUGGCACUCAAUCAAACAAAGGACUGGACUUUGCUGCGGUGUGUUGUUCGAGGAGCUUCCCCUAAGCCUAAAGUAGAGUGGAAGGAUGAUUCUGGAGACACCCUUCAUGCUAAGGAGCCAAAAGUCACAGAAAGCAGAGGCAAAUACGACAUCAUCCUCGAGGCUACUGUGACCAAGACCGGCAUCUACCGCUGUGUAGUUACACAGGAGCAGAUUGGUCGUCAGGGUCAUAACACCAUCACUGUGUACUGUGGAGCAAAGCCGUCUUGUCGUGAUUCAGGGUCCUGCACUGGAUGGAUGGUUUCUACUUGGAUUUUUCUUCUUCUUCUUCUUGGUCUUCUUUCCCUUAUAGCAGGAUACUUCUUUCGCAGAAAGGUUUUAAAAAGGAGACGGUCGCCCACCGUAAACCAGCAGCAAAAUGAAGAGUCUGAAGGGAUCCAGGUGGAGCAGUUGCUGAGUAAUGGUCGAUAAUCAGGGUAAUGAGGAGAGACAACCUUUAAAUGAACCAUCUGUGAGCUGAAGUGUUUGUUUGUAUCUCCUUCUUUAAAAAGUUAAACUGAUUACUGCAGAGGUUGUGUUCACACACACUUUCCUGAUAGGUGCCUUUGUGUGUGUUUGCUCAAAUUUAAACCAAUGUCAGCUCCUUCUUUUUAUUGCUUUUCUACUGCAUAAUGUUUGAAUGUGAAGAAAUGAGAAUAUAUCUGAAGCUAAAAACAUUUUUUCAUAAACUGUUUGAAAAAAAGAGAGACUUUGUUCUCUGGUUGUAAACAGACGAAAUAUGCAGGUUUUAGUUCCUGAUAGUGAAAACUGAGAUGGACUGUAGGAAGUGAGAAUUCUCUGAGCUCACAGAUAUGUGUUGUUGUUUUUAUAUCUCAGAGUAACCCUUAAUGUUUUGUUUCUGAAUAAGAAAUGUUGUGUCAGUAUGAGGGACACAUUAAAAACCGACUUAGAGAAUUAAGUCGGAAUGUUUAAAGGAUAAAGUGUUAAGAAAAAUAAAGCUGUAACUUAAUAAAUAGAUUGAAAUUAUUUUAUCUAAAAUGUGUAAACAGUUUGAUAUUAGACUGCCUGUCUUAAACAAAAUCAGUUUGCUACUUAACCUUUUCAGAGUCCUGAUAAAUAUGACAGUGUGGUGCUGAUGGAGCAAAAGUUAUAGUGAGUUUUUUAUGAAGCCUUCUCUAAAGUAUGACUUCAUAAGAUGAUCCAUGUUCUUCAUUGUAGUGCAGGAGGCUGGCUGUUCUUCAGAUAUUCACCUUUAAAAUAACAAACAGGAUAAACAUUGUUUCCUCUCAAUGUUCGACUCAUUCUCAUCACAUUACGACUUUAUUCUCAAAAUCCAUCAAUCUGUUUUUAAUGUGGCCUUUAUUCUUUGUUCUGCUGCUUGUGCCUUAUAUAUCAAUAGUUAUAUUAGUGUAUAUUUAUCAUGAAGUUAUCACUCUUUGAAUGUUUCCCUGUUUCUGUUAAUGUCUUGUUAAAGAAUGUUUCUAUUCUGUGUUGGGUGCUGUUACAGCUCUUACCUCCAGAGACAAUCAUUUGUGGCUUCUCCAUGAAUAGUUUUAGAGAAGAUGAACUAUGUUAACUAUUUAACUAUGUUAAAUAUGAAUUCAAGAGACGUUGAGCUCAGCAUAGUAUUAUCACUAGACACAGUAGCUAAAAGCUAACCUAACUGUCUCUGCAGGUGAACAAAGAUCAGCAGUGACUUUUCAGGUUGUUGUGAACUCUGUGUGUUAACUGAUCAACCAGCAGAGACUCUAAGAAGUACACAAAGACAAGUUCAUGAAUUUAUUGAAAUGUUACUUUUACUAUAUAUUUUUUAAAAUUUGAACUUGACUCUUGAGACAGAAGAACAUAAAUACACAGACAAUGACUCUUCCAGUUUUGUAUCUUUAUUCUAAACACAGAAAGUUGAAACAGGAUUUUGUAAAUUGCAUCAAAGCUUUAAAGUUUUCUUCUAUUAGAGUUUAAGUUUUUACCUGCUCUCUGUAGAGACUGUUAAUUCUGUGUAAGCAGGAUGUCAGACUUUAUUAAACUUGAUAAUAAGAAUUUUCUUUUUGCAGAGCUGCAACACAGAGGAGGACUUUUGUAAUUGUAAACAAUUUAAAUACCCCCUGACUGUCUGAGCUUAAAUUCAUAUAUUUGAAUAAAAAAUACCAAAGUUA